CAAAAGAAAAAAAAAAAUCUGCCGCUGUCACAAAUUGGAAAACGGGAAAAACAAAAAAGACCGCAAACGACGUCGGAGAAAUAAAACUACUUUAGUUUGAUGGGUCAGAUCAGACGGCCUGCCGGGAAUUUCCAAGAUGGUGGCCUGGGCUGGCCCAGCCAGAUCCAUGACUCGCUUCGUUGUCGUGGUCUUCCUGACUCACUGAGUCGACUAGCCUUCUCUGUUCCCCUCUCUCUCUCUCUCUCUCUCUCUCUCUAACAUCCGAACCUUUUUCCACUCUCUUCUCUCUCGCUCUUUCUCUGCCUCUGCGCACACGCUUUCUCUUUCUUUCUUUUUUCCUUUGUUUCUUUCUCUUUGCCUAUGUCCUUUUUCGUCUUUUUGCACGUUCAUCUUCCUCGCAAAAUCAGACGGCCCACCUCUCUCCACGUCACCAUCGUCUUCUUCACCAUCCCUGCGACCUGCUCUCCCCCACAUAUACAUCUUAUAUAUAUACACACACACACACACACAUAUAUUAAUAACCGCCUCGUUCUUCGACCUAGGGUUCCAGGAUUCACCAAACGCUUUAUCUUUCUGUUUUGCACGUCCAAAAUUUUCGUGCUUUUAUCUUCCUUUGGCGCGUUGGACUUCGUUCCCUGCUUGUCGAUUUUUCCAUUGAAAAAAAGUUUAUUCGAAUCAAGAAUGAGGGUUUGUCAGGUGGUGUAUGGAAAAUUUGAAAAAAAUUUGUUCAAAUUAAAAGGUGUGGUGGUUGAUUCUGUGGGUUUUGUUUAAUUGCUGCUGUGGAGGGUGUGGCGCUUUUGGAUUGUUAUGUGAUUCAUGGCGAUUGAGAAGAACAGCUUUAAGGCUUCAAGGCUAGACUCGGAGAUUUCUCCCAGUAGUAGGAAGAGUAUGUCUAGUGAUGAGGAUGAGCUUCAGCGACGAAGCUCUGCUGUUGAAUCUGAUGACGAUGAUGAAUUCGAUGAUGCUGAUUCCGGGGCUGGCUCCGAUGACUUUGAUUUGUUGGAAUUAGGAGAAAAUGGAGUGGAGUUUUGUCAAGUUGGGAACCAAACUUGUAGCAUUCCUUUUGAGCUGUAUGAUCUUUCGGGUCUUGAAGACAUAUUGUCUGUGGAUGUAUGGAAUGAGUGCUUGAGUGAGGAGGAGCGCUUCGCACUCACUAAGUACUUGCCUGACCUGGACCAGGAGAUGUAUAUGAUUACUUUGAAAGAGCUUUUUACGGGUAGUAACUUUCAUUUCGGGACCCCCAUCAAGAAGUUGUUUGAUAUGCUGAAGGGAGGUUUGUGUGAGCCCAGAGUUGCCCUUUACAGGGAGGGAUUGGAUUUCUUCCAGAAGCGGCAACAUUACCAUCUGUUAAGGAAGCAUCAGAACACUAUGGUUAGUAAUCUUUGUCAGAUAAGAGAUGCCUGGCUUAAUUGUAGGGGAUACAGUAUUGAGGAGAGGCUUCGUGUUCUGAAUAUUUUGAAAAGCCAAAAGAGUUUGAUGUAUGAGAAGAUGGAAGAUGUGGAGACUGACUCAUCGGAAAGAGAUUCGGCUGAAGGUUUGCUUAGCAGGAUCAAGGACAGGAAAACUGCACAGAAAGUGGGUCGCCAUUCUGGAUACGGAAUUGGUUCAAAGGCGGAUUUUCCUUCACGGGGACGUUCAUUACCUUUUGAAUUAGCAAAAUAUGGAAAGCAGAAUCCUAAAGGUAUACUGAAGUUGGGUGGAUCCAAAACUCCAGCAGCUAAGGAUCUAGGGGCUCGCAUUCCUUCUGUUUACCAUGGUUUGGACAUGAAUUCUGGGCAUUACAGUUCAGCAGUAGCUCUUCAUCGGCAGAAUAAGGCAGUGGGCUAUGAAUCAGGGGCAGCCUUCAGGAUGAGGGAUCAGAUGAGAAGCAGUGAUGACGCUGAAGAAACUUAUGGAAUUGGUUUCCAGAGAGAUCGAAUUAACAUGAUGGAGAAAUCUGGAAUUUUAAAAGUUGGAAGAAAGCAUGACCUAUCAAGAGGUGAUGAAUUAGCUUCAGAUGGUUUGAUGGGUUUGCCUUUCACUUCAAAGAAUGAUUUACGUCAUUAUGGUAGGAGCAGGAAUAGUAACCUUUUGUCAGAGACAAAGGUGUUUGCAGCAAAGCCUCCUAACACGAGAACUCCCUAUGAUUUUGGCAAAAAGGGCAAGUAUCCUGAAUUGGCAGUUGGAGAUCAAAUAAAACCUUUGAAAGGAAGACUUCCACAGCUAGCACUGAAAGGAAGUCGAGCUGACACAUCAGAUCGUACUGAACCAUUGUGGCAUAGCAGGAGUCAAGGAGAAGCUUUCUCUAUGGAUUCUCCAAUGAAAUCUGAUGAAUGGAAUAUUAGGAGCAAGAAAUGGAAGGCAGGGAGGGAGUCUCCUGAUCUGAAUUACAAAUCAUAUAGAGCUUCCCCACCACAGUUAAAUGAUAGAUUUUUAACUUCUGAAUAUAGAGGAAAAACAUUUGAAGAGAAGAACAGGAGCAAUCUUGUUCAGAAUGGAGGAUCUGACAUGGCAGCAAAGAAAGGACAUAAAAUUUUUAGUAAAAAUGAAGAAACAGAGUCAGACUCAUCAGAGCAAUCUGAAUAUGAAGAGGAUAGCAACCCCUUGCUGAAGAGCAAGAUGGCUUAUCCCAGUGGUCUUGUGGAAGCUUCUCGAUCUUCCCUGUCAAAGUCUGGGCAAGGUGCUGAGAAGGCUAAAUUUGUUAAAAAAGACACAAAGGGGAAUGUCCAGGCCGGUGAUGGAAUCACAUACUCUAAGAGGAUGGGUGGCUUUCUUGAACGUGGACAUAUGCGAAGUGCAGAAAACUACUCUUCAAAAGCUAAACAGAAAGGUAAGAUACGAGACAAUAGUCCUUUGCUCGACUCUUCUACCAGAGUGUUUGAAGAUACUUACCUCUCUGGCAUGGGAAAAAGUAAUGAUGAGGAUGAUGAUCGUAUUUACAAACUAGCUAAGAAUGGCCGAUUACCAGGGGAACUGGGUGAAAGAAUACACAUGUCAACAUUGAAGGGCUACUCUGACAGAAAGCAGAAAAGGGAAGUAGAUUAUUCUGUACCACAGUCACAUCAUUUACGUGACUUUGCUGUUGAUGAAGAGGAUGAUUCAUUUCAAUUACGUCUGUUGGUCGAUGAAAACAAACAGGGUAGACUUGGGAAGAAAAGUCAGAACAUGGAUGAGUAUGUGAGUGAUCGACGUGGUAGAUCUGAGGUCCCAUUAUUGGGUUGCAACGUGGUGUCAAAGAAGCGGAAGGGGAAGGAGGAUGUAUCACAGCUGGAUAGAGAUGGAGAUGGUGACCUACAGUCUGACCAUCUGCAUCUCAAGGAUUCAAAAUCCUCCAAGAAGAAGGCAAAGAGGAAAGUGGAGGCUGACACUGGUAGCUCAGAUCUGGAAACCCCUGAGCCACCUGUUUCAGAAAUGGGUGCUGCAGAAACAGAGCUGGAAACGAAACCACAGAAAAAGCCAUUUACUUUAAUUACACCUACUGUUCAUACAGGAUUCUCUUUUUCCAUUAUACAUCUUCUUUCAGCUGUUCGCUUGGCAAUGAUUACUCCUCUUCAUGAAGACACUUUAGAGGUUGGCAAACCUAUAGAUGAGCAAAGCCCUAAUGCCAAGGGGAGUGCGAAUGGGGUUCUAUCUCAUGAGAGGCUGGAUGUAGAUGACUUAGGACAUGCUAGGGAUGGAAAUUUGCCUUCUUUAACUAUUCAGGAGAUUGUGAACCGUGUGAGAUCGAAUCCUGGAGAUCCUUGUAUUCUUGAGACGCAAGAACCUCUUCAGGACUUAGUGAGAGGAGUUCUGAAGAUAUUUUCAUCUAAAACAGCACCUUUAGGAGCAAAGGGUUGGAAGACACUUGCAAUCUAUGAAAAAUCAAGCAAAAGUUGGUCAUGGCUUGGUCCAGUUUCUCAUAGUUCAUCAGAUCAUGAGACCAUUGAGGAGGCGACAUCUCCUGAAGUGUGGGGUCUUCCUCAUAAAAUGCUUGUUAAGUUGGUUGAUUCGUUUGCUAAUUGGUUGAAAAGUGGACAAGAAACCCUUCAACAAAUAGGAAGUCUUCCUGAACCGCCUUUGGCAAAGAUGCAGCUCAACCUGGAUGAGAAAGAAAGGUUCAGGGACCUAAGAGCUCAGAAGAGUCUUAACACCAUCAACCAAAGUUCUGAUGAAGUGAGGGAUUAUUUCCGUAAGGAGGAAGUUCUUAGGUAUUCAAUUCCCGACAGAGCCUUCUCUUACACGGCUGCUGAUGGUAGGAAAUCUAUUGUUGCUCCCUUAAGAAGGUGUGGUGGCAAGCCAACAUCAAAAGCCCGAGACCACUUUAUGCUGAAACGUGAUCGACCACCACAUGUUACUAUUCUUUGUCUUGUAAGAGAUGCAGCUGCCAGAUUGCCGGGUAGUAUUGGGACAAGAGCUGAUGUUUGUACUUUGAUAAGAGAUUCUCAGUACAUCGUUGAAGAUGUGUCUGAUGCUCAAGUUAAUCAAGUUGUCAGUGGAGCCCUGGACCGCUUGCAUUAUGAACGCGAUCCUUGUGUACAGUUUGAUGGGGAAAGGAAAUUAUGGGUUUAUUUACACAGAGAAAGAGAAGAAGAAGAUUUUGCAGAUGAUGGUACGUCAUCCACAAAGAAAUGGAAGAGGCAGAAAAAAGAUGCUUCUGAGCAGCCUGACCAAGGUACAGUAACAGUGGCAUAUCAUGGAACUGAGGAUCCGAUUGGAUUUGAUUUGUGCUCUGAUCUCAAUGCAGAACCAUCAUGCAUUGGUGAUGACAAAGGAGUGGAACUUGGGUAUGAUGAUGUGAGACAAAAUGUGGAUGACAACAAUGAUCCCAAUCAAGGGGCUAAACAGGGUGACAUGCCUCAAGAUCAUCCAAUGGUAUGGGAGGCUCUUGGCAUGGAUCCUAUUCGAGAGAACAAAUUAUUAUGUCAGGAAAAUUCCACAAAUGAAGAUUUUGAUGAUGAAACAUUUGGGAGGGAAAGGCCGGUUGGGCUCUUAAGUGCAAGCUUAUCAUGAGGAGUUCUUCAGACUUACAGAUCCACUUACAUCUGAUGCACAGUUGUUCCAGGUCAAGGCGUGUGUAAUACAUAUUGCGGUAAUUGUACAUUGUAUAUUUUGAUUUUAUCUGGAAAUUUAGAAUAGAAAAGGAAAAAAAAAAAAAAUGAUCUUAUUUUGAGUCCAACGCUUGAGUUGGUACAAGUGGAUAUCUAUGUAGUUCUGCAUUCCAUAAAAAUAAUUCUUUUGGCCUUCAUGCCUGUCUUAGAUAUAUUAAAACAACGUAGUUCAUUCUGUAAAUUGAGUUUAGCAAUUUUGCAAAUUUCAAUUGUUUUAA